CUCCGCGACUUCCUACCCACCGACACUGACACGCAUUCACCGGCCAGCUCGUCUUAUUAUUUCUGCUCCCCCUCCCCAACCCCGCCGCUUCACGCCUGCAGCUGGUCGUGCUGGUUUAUGAUCGGCCGUUUGUUCGGUAGCUUGUCUCAGAAGGUGCCGAGCUUGUUGUACCGGGCGUCGCUGAUGAUGAAGCCGCAGGUUGUGUUCGUGCUGGGCGGGCCUGGCGCCGGCAAAGGAACCCAGUGCUCAAAAAUCGUGGAGAACUACAACUACACCCAUUUGUCAGCUGGGGACUUGCUGAGAGCAGAGCGGGCUAGAGAAGGGUCAGAGUUCGGACAGCUCAUUGCCAACUACAUCAAGGAGGGCAAAAUUGUCCCUGUGGAGAUUACCAUCAAUUUACUCAAGAAGGCCAUGGAAGAGACCAUGGUGAAAGAUGAGAAAAAGUUCCGUUUCCUCAUCGAUGGUUUCCCCCGCAACGAGGACAACCUUCAGGGGUGGAACACUGCAAUGGAGGGCAAAGCAGAUGUCAAAUUUGUGCUUUUCUUCGACUGCAGCAAUGAGGUGUGCAUCAACAGAUGUCUAGAAAGAGGGAAGAGCAGUGGGCGCACAGAUGACAACAGAGAAAGCCUGGAGAAAAGAAUCCAAACCUACCUGCAGUCUACACGACCAAUCAUUGAACUAUAUGAGAAACAUGGGAAGGUUCGCACCGUAGACGCCUCUCGUUCAGUGGAUGAGGUGUUUGCUGACGUGAAAACCAUCCUAGGCGUAGAGUGAUGAAUUUUCCCAGCAGCCAUCAACAUUCAUUUACAUUUUUAGUUUCCUUUUUAUCAACUGCAAGUACACUAUAUAAUAAGUUUAUGUCCAUACAUAUGACUUUUACUUUGAUUACAUAUUUUUUGUUUUCCAUGCCUUUUAUAAUUGAAGCACUGUUUGUGAGUUUGUGUACAAUAUGUAUUGGUGUGAAUGAGGCGUAGACAUGCCUAGCAGCUAUUUGUGAUCAACUAGUUCAUGUUCAGGAGAGCUCACAGCUCAUCUGCACUGCACUCUUUCAUCAUAGUUUGAGGCCUUUGCAUAGGAACAACAUGUAUAAUUAGUUUAGAGAGAUGUUUUUGUUAAUCAAAGGCACUUAUAGUCCUAAAAGUCACUACAAAAACUUGAAUACAGUUUCUCAUUCCAGUGAAUGGGAAAGUGGUCUCAGGCUUUUGGACCCCACUGUAUGUUACUGAUGUCUUCAGAGUAUCAUGUCAUUGGAAGCAGCCAUAAUGCUUCAGACCAAAUAGUUGUUUGACUUGAUGUUGACAGACCAGGAUCGAUUUAGAACUUUACAGAGCAGCCAGUAGCCUGUCUGUCAUCCAAAUAAAAUGCAUGUGUCAUGUUUCUCAUAACACGGGCAUGACCUGAAUACUCAGAACUGCUUUUGUGCCAUGUGGAGUUAUCAGGCACUCUGAUAAAUGGCCCAUUCUUUGACUGAAUAUUUAACUCUGUACUGGAACACGUGGAUGUGCUUCAUCAUAGCCAUGACACCUGGGACUAGUCAUACUUUAGAGAAAACAUGAAGAUAAAAAUGAACAUGUGUUGAAUCUGAACUGUAUGUUCUUGAAGGACUGGAGAUAAAGCUGAAAGGUGAAAACAUUGA